AUGAAGGUGACGGUGACAUUUGGCCAGACGGGUGUGGUGGUGCCUUGUAAAGAGGGAUGGACUGUGAGGGACCUUAUCCAACAAGCCACCCAGAGAUACAGAAAACUGCUGGAACAGGAAGGGGAAUUCGUGGUUCGGACACACCACCUUGAAUACUGUGAUGGAGGGAUUCUGGACCCUGAUGACGUACUUAGUGAUCUCGUGGAGGACAAGGACAAGCUAAUGGCUGUAUAUGAGGAACAGGAAGCCCAGGAGAGAGAUGCAGCCAACACAAGCCCCGCUUCCAGCCAUGAUCGCUACCAGGCCGAGCUGUCGGUCUUCCAGCCAAUUACAGGAGGAGAAAUAGAAGUAAAUUCAUCAGCACUCAAGUCAAACACCCCCUUGCUGGUGAGAAGCAGCAGUGAUUCAGCUCUGGGCGCUCAGUCAGCAGAGCGUGAACCCCUCCGCACUGAAGAUACCUCUGUGAUGGCAGCAUGUCCCGUUGCCAGACCCCAAGUCCAAUAUGCUGUCAAUGACAGCCUGACCAGGACAGUGGAGAUCAUAGGAGGUGAUAGUCCUUUGGGAAUCCAUGUUGUCCCUUACUGCUCAUCUCUUAGUGGACGGUCUCUUGGUUUGUAUAUCCGUGGGGUGGAAGAAGAAAGUCGCUCAUAUAAGGAGGGCUUGUUCCAGGAGGAGGAGUGCAUCGUCAAGAUCAACAACACAAAUCUCAUGGACAAGACUUUUAGCCAAGCCCAAGAAAUCUUUCGGCAGGCUAUGCACUCCCCCGUGGUGUCUUUGGAAGUACUCCCCUCAUCCAGCCGAGAACGCUUUGAGAAGGGUUUGAUAGGUCAGCUGUUUAGCAACAAUGGUGCGCCUGACAGCAGUCCCCGAAUUCCCAAAACCAAAGAAGCACCGCCGCCUGUCAAAGCCAAACCUGUGUUUAAGCCUCCUGAGAGCGCAGUUGUAAGAGUGGCAGAGGACUCUGGCUCUCUAGAAACUGCUAGAACAAAAGGGGGGAGUGAGAGCUCACUUUCUGAAAAAAGCCCUGCCCUGUCCAGCUUAAUGGCCAAUAAGAAAUGUGGACGCAGAUUGAGAAUUGACCUUAAGAAAGGUUCAGAAGGUCUUGGAUUUACAGUGGUAACCAGAGAUUCUUCAGUCCACAGUCCUGGUCCAAUCCUUGUCAAAAACAUUCUGCCACGUGGAGCGGCUGUCAAAGACGGACGCUUGCAAUCAGGAGACCGCAUAUUAGAGGUCAACGGCGUGGACAUUACAGGUGUCGGUCAAGAAGAACUUGUGUGCAUGCUGCGCAGUACGCGCCACGGAGAGAGUGUGUGUCUUGUGGUUCUACGGCAGGAGGACAUUUUUCUGCCCCGAGAGAUGAAAGACGAGGGGCUCCCUGAGCAUGGCUUAAUUCUGGAGAAUGGAAAGGAGCAACUUAUGUUUGAGGUGCCCCUCAAUGACUCUGGCUCGGCAGGGCUGGGUGUUAGCCUUAAAGGAAACAAGUCAAGAGAGACUGGUGAGGACCUGGGAAUUUUCAUCAAAUCCAUUAUACAUGGAGGAGCUGCUUACAAGGAUGGACGUUUGCACAUCAAUGACCAGCUUGUCGCCGUGAAUGGAGAAUCACUGCUUGGCCGCUCCAAUCAUGUGGCCAUGGAGACACUCCGCAGCUCCAUGUCACAUGAGGGAAAUGUAAGAGGGACCAUCCAGCUUGUGGUUAUGAGAGUUGUGAAGGAUCAGCACAGUCUGUCGUCAAAUCGCUCAUUUGACAACUCUCCGAUCUUGUCUGGUUUGAUGAACCAAGUGAAUGGCCCCACAGGAUCAGUUUAUCAGAGUAACAAUCACAUUAACAGCACACUCCACACGUCUGAUGGGUCAUAUGCAAGUUAUGCUCCCAUGGAUGAAGAAGCAGAACAGAAUGGUCGUGGAACAGAAUUGAGAAACUCUGAUCAUCAGUAUUCCUACCUACAGGAAAGGGAAGCAUCUCUGUCCCAGUAUGACAUCCAGCUUCAAUCCCAGCAUGUCAAGGCCUCCAAGAGCAUAGACUUGGGCUCCACACCCAACCAGCUGUACACUAAUAAAAGUCAUGGUGGAUCUCCUGAUGAAAACACUGCAGCUACACCAACUCCUGCCGGACUUGGCCCCACUCUCGGUUUGAAAAAAUCCUGUUCUCUGGAAAGUCUGCAAACAGCUAUGUCUGAGGUCAACAGAAAGAAUGAACUACUCCCUUUUCACCGCCCUCGUCCAAACAUGACCAGAGGAAGAGGUUGCAACGAGAGUUUUAGGGCAGCUAUCGAUAAGUCCUACGAUGGGCCACCUGUAGAUGUUGACGAUGCAUCGGAGCCGAGCUCUGGACGGGAAACGCCAGCAAGUAGCUCUUCACGCCAAGGGUUAGGCGAUCCGGGGGAGGAGAAAACAAAAGCAGAGAAGAAAAAGAAAAUGAAAACAAAAAAAGAAAAGAACAAAGGAAAAGCAAAGGAAAAAAUGAAGAAAAAAGCAGAGGAGUCUGAGGAGACGGAAAAGAAGUCAAAGAAAAUUGGCUUUGGCCUGCUGAGAUUUGGAAAGAAAAAAGAGGACAAGAAGGAGGCCAAGACUGUUUUGCAGCGCCAGAAAUCAGACACUCUUGUUGACCUGGAAUUUGAAAGGAUGAAAGAAGAUCGUGAGAGACUUGAGGCAGGACAUCCAGAACUGCACAAUCACCUCUCCAAAGACCAAAAAGAUCAAUUUGGCAGAUCCAUAUACGAAAAUGUGGAGGACGAUGAAACGGAUCCUCACUAUGCCCGAAUACAAUCCUUUAAGGACCGUGAUAUGAUUUCACCACCUCCGCCACUGCUUCAGUCUUCCCCGCAUAAUACAGUCCAGCAUAGCCAUAUCAGGACGCCGUCUCCCCAGGCCGCAGUAACCUUUUCUGGGCAAGCCAAUCGGAGUUAUGACCCGGGAGCUGUACCUGAAGACCAGUUUGAUAGGCUGUAUGCAAAGGUCAACAAACCCAAAGGAGCUGGGACGACCUCCGCUCCGGUAUCUGCUUCAUCCAAUGACAGCAAUAUGGACCGCAUCCAGCAGCUGAGAAAAGAAUAUCAACUGGCAAAAAGAGAGGGAAUGGUGCCCACAUAUGAAGAACUGGAACCUCGACGACUAGGGCAUGAAAAGGACAGGAUUCCAAGCAGAGGGAAAGAUCAUCGAAUGGCACCACAAUACGAUGAUGUGGAGCGUCAGUAUGCCUCCUUACCAAGACGAGGUCCAUUGGAUCCAGCUGAGUACACCAUGCAUCCCUGGUCAGGUCAUUACAUUGGCGCUCCCCAAGGUUACCACAAGGCCCCAUCCUACCUUAACCCCAGCUCCCAGUCCCCUCCAUCUUUCUCCAGCUACCCCUCCAGUCAGCCUUACUCACGGCCGUCGGACCCUCGGGGAGUUGACUCUGGUUUUUACCCUCAGCCAAGCUCCCAGCAGAGAGGACCCUUGCGGCAGGAUGUGCCCCCAUCACCCACCCCGCCGCUUCGGGGACCGCGGUACGACACCAUGACCCGUAGAACUGCUGGCGGAGGAGGUUACAGGCACCUUGUGGAUCCCAAACCAGAGCAGUUCAGCUACACUGGGGAGAGUGGACGCCAGCAACAUCAACACCAAACCAACCCAAGGCAGAAGAAUGCCAUGACAGCAGCUGUGUAG